AUGGGCGCGGGGCGCGGCGGAUGGCGGCGGAUUGCGCGGGGCGGCGGCGGCGGCUGCGGCCGAUCCGGGCACUCGCUGCCUCCUCCUCCUCCUCCCCCUCCUGCCGCGCCGGCCCGGCCCCGCCGCGCAGCGCCACCUGCAGGGCGCCGCCGGCAGCGCGGGGGCGGCGCUGAGGGGCGCUCCCUCAGGGGGACAGGGAGCAGCCGGAGAGCUCCUGCGGGGCGCACCCGCAGGAUUUGGGGCAUCUCUGCAAAUCCCGGGAGGCUGGAGCGGCUCUCUGGUGAGGUGACACUGCGGAGCUGGGCCGGGAACAGCGUAAGGCCGGGCACCCGGAUCACUGCUCAUGAGAGAUGAUCUCAAACAGCCAUCGAGAGUAAUGCAGAGGGAAGAAAUGCAUGAACAGCUUUCUGGACCAUAUGGGAUGUUCCUACAGUUGAUCUGCACUGCUAUUGAAGUUGCCAGGCACUGAGCUACCACGAGAUGCACCAGUGCUGCUGAAACCAUUAUCUGGUUGUCCUUUUCUACAUAUUAAAGCAUUACACCACUCCUG